UAAGCCUUAAACUCCUGUGACCUUUUUGCACAAAGUUGGAAAAUUGCUCAACUUGGACUGAAGUUGCCCAGUUCAAUGAGUUUAAUAUACUGGCUAGAUAUCCGGAUGGGACGAAGAAGAGUUUAAUAUAAAGUGAGGUUAGACGUAAGUAAACACUAACCUCCUCCAAAGAGUCUUGUUGUGUGUAUUAUCGAAAACUGUGCAUUUCGGGCCGCUUUAACAUGGGCAAUGAGAAGAAGAGACGCUCACGAAGCAAAGAACGCGUGGACAACAGCAGAGACAAAAGGGCGAAGCGGUCCAGAUCAAAAAGCAAGGAAAGGGGCCACAAAAGGCCCCGCUCACGGGACAGGUUCGAGCGCAGGGACCCGCGAGAUGACAAAGUGGAAAGGCGCGAAGAAAAGCACAAAUCCGAUCGGGAUCGUAAGGAUGAACGCGAUCGCAAAGAUGAAAAGGACAGGAAACCGUCCAAGGACAUAAAGCCGCCACUGGAGGACCUAAAAUCCCAGAGCAAAGCGGACGGGAAGCAGGAGGCUGUGAAGAAGGAGCCCCUGUCUUUGGAAGAACUGCUGGAAAAGAAGAAGGCAGAGGAGGCUGCUAAAAGCAAGCCAGUCUUCUUGACUAAAGAGCAACGUGCGGCCGAGGCCCUGAAGCGUCGACAAGAGGAAGUGAGCAAGCAGAGGAAACUGCAGGAUGAUGAACGGAAAAUCAUCCAGUCCAUGCAGAUGAGCCGGCAGGAGGACCGGAAGGAGGACAGAGACCGGGACCGGCGGCCUCGCGAUCGAGAACGGGAGGAAGAAAAGCAAAAGGACAAGGACAAGGAGAAGGAACAAGACGCCAUCAAAGAAAGAUACCUGGGGUUGAUAAAGAAAAAGCGCCGCGUUAGAAGAUUGAAUGACCGCAAGUUUGUCUUCGAUUGGGACGCUGGGGAGGACACUUCCUUGGACUACAACAACCUGUACAAGGAAAGGCACCAGGUGCAGUUCUACGGCCGGGGCAAUUUGGCCGGAAUCGACAUCAAGGCCCAGAAGAGAGACCAGAGCAAGUUCUACGGCGAACUUCUGGAAAAACGCCGCACUGAGGCGGAAAAGGCCCAAGAGAAAGUCAGGCUAAAGAAAGUGAAGCGCAAGGAAGAAAAGCAACUGUGGGACGACCGGCAUUGGUCCGAAAAGGAUAAGGACGAAAUGACUGAAAGAGACUGGCGUAUUUUCAGGGAAGACUACAACAUUACCAUCAAAGGCGGCAAAAUCCCCGAGCCGAUCCGCAACUGGAAGGAAUCAGCCAUUCACAAGGAGCUAUUGGAGAUCGUCGAAAAAAUCGGCUAUAAAGAACCGACCCCCAUUCAGAGGCAAGCCAUCCCCAUUGGGGUGCAAAAUCGGGACAUUAUCGGCGUGGCUGAAACGGGUUCCGGUAAAACACUGGCCUUCCUAAUUCCUCUCCUGUCCUGGAUCCAAUCGCUGCCCAAAAUCGAGAGGACCGAAGACGCCGACCAGGGGCCCUACGCCAUCAUUCUGGCACCCACUCGCGAACUGGCGCAGCAAAUCGAAGAAGAAACUGUUAAAUUCGGCCAGCCUUUGGGCAUUCGAACCGUCGUAGUUGUUGGAGGUUUGAGCAGAGAAGAGCAAGGUUUUCGCUUACGAAUGGGCUGCGAAAUAGUCAUUGCGACUCCUGGUCGUCUGAUUGAUGUGCUGGAAAACCGCUACUUGGUCUUAAACCAGUGCACCUACAUUGUGCUGGACGAAGCGGACAGAAUGAUCGAUUUAGGUUUCGAGCCGGACGUUCAAAAGAUCCUCGAGUACAUGCCGGUGACGAAUCUGAAACCGGACACGGAAGAAGCUGAGGACAGCAAGCUGCUGCUCGCCAACUACCACACCAAGAAAAAGUACCGGCAAACUGUGAUGUUCACAGCGACGAUGCCGCCGGCAGUUGAAAGAUUGGCCAGAACCUACCUGAGAAGACCGGCAGUGGUGUAUAUCGGCUCCAUUGGCAAGCCGGUGGAGCGCGUGGAGCAAAUCGUGCAUAUUGUGGGCGAAAACGACAAGCGGCGCAAGCUGAUGGAGUAUCUAUCCAAAGGCGUGGAUCCUCCAAUUAUUAUCUUCGUCAACCAGAAGAAAGGCGCCGAUGUUCUGGCUAAAGGUUUGGAGAAGUUGGGAUACAACGCGUGCACGCUCCACGGAGGCAAAGGACAAGAGCAGAGAGAAUAUGCCUUGGCCAGCUUGAAGUCGGGAGCUAAGGAUAUUUUGGUGGCUACCGAUGUAGCCGGAAGAGGCAUCGACAUUAAGGACGUUUCCAUGGUCAUCAACUACGACAUGGCGAAGACGAUUGAAGAUUACACUCAUCGUAUCGGUCGUACUGGACGUGCGGGAAAGACUGGAAUCGCCGUCAGUUUCUGCACGAACGACGACUCUGCCUUAUUCUACGACCUGAAGCAGAUGCUGUUGUCGUCGCCAGUCUCCUCCUGUCCGCCGGAGCUGAUGAACCACUCGGAGUGUCAGAAUAAACCCAAUCAACCCAAAAGGCGACGGGAUGAGAUGAUUUUCGCGUAAACCAAGGCGGGCAACUGGAUUGAUUGAUACACGUUCUUGGACUGUACAAAGCAUCUAUUGAUAGUAAAAAAUGUGGUGGUAAGCAA